AUGGAGGCUCUUAUCUAUCACAUUGAUACCUCAUCUUACGAAAUCAAGGCUGAAACUGAUGUCAUUACCUCUUUAGAGGACUUGGUAGAUGAAGUUCCUGAUAGUUCGCCAAGAUUUAUACUGUUGUCAUAUCCAAUAACACUGCAAGAUGGAAGAAAAUCUUCACCCCUGGUCCUGGUGUACUUCAGGCCCCAAACGUCUACUCAAGAGGGCAAAAUGUUGUAUGCAGGAGCAGUAGAGCUUUUCCGAAACAAGGCAGGUGUUAGCAAAGUCCUGGACAUUGACGAAGAAGAGGAAUUGCUGGACAUUCCGGAUCUAUUGCAACAUUAG